AUGAUUAUUAUAACCUAAUAAGGCACCUGACGAGAUCGCGUCAACCUGCAAUAGUUGUCUUGGAGGUAAUAUUCCAACCAAUUACGGCUGAAUAGCGCUGCGCGUCUAUGAUUUCUGAUAGUAUAGUGGUAUUGUGACACCACAUCUGCAACCGAUAGAACCGGCCAGAGCAACAUCGCCACUCCAUCAAUCCAGUCAAUCCAUGGUGGCGCAAGUAGGUAUCACCCAGUGGACGGCUGCAGAUAGCCCACAGACGCGCACUAUACGAUAUACGAUAUCUUGUCACAACACCGAUGCGGGGUUCCCCUUUUAGUCAAUUCAGAAGCUUCGAAUGUGAGUCUGGACGUGCUUAUUAGUGUUUAUGUAUCUCUGUUCAUGACUAGGUAGGUAGCUACUUAUUGCGGUAUAUAAAAACAAAGGAGAAACGCACUCGCCGUGCCUGAUUCCCCAGCAUGUUCAUCACUAUCUUCCGCUAGCUUGUUACCUAGGUACACUCAAGAUGGAUUCUUUGCUCUCUGUCCCGCUGGAAGGUCUUGGCCUGUUCUCUCAUGGACACGCUGCCCAGGCCGCUGUAUCAUCGGCGCUCGCGGGUGUAGUAUUUCACCUCACUCUUCCGCAGUGGAUGGAUAUAGAAAAUUUCCUGUACACGCUCAUCGCAGUUUUUACUUUAGCACCCUUCGGACUCGGCACUGCUCUCUUUCUCAAUGGAUAUUCUCUUUUCGACAGUUUCGCGAGGGUGUCCAUCCUCACACUCGGCUUCUAUGGCGGUCUCUUUUCCAGCAUGACUAUCUACAGGGUCUUCUUCCACCGACUAAGGAAGUUUCCUGGGCCGCUUGAUCUUAAGAUUUCUCGGCUUUUCUCCGCUCUUAGGGCGGCGAAGAAGGUCCAGUACCAGAAUGUGGUAGCUAAGUUACAUGACGAGUACGGGGACUUCGUCCGCACAGGGCCGCGAGAGAUAUGCGUUGUCCGAGCAUCAGCCUGUCAGCUCAUCUAUGGUACCAAUUCGAAUUGCCGGAAAUCAACGUUCUACGGACAAGUUGAUUACGACCCUAGGAAAACUCACAUUGUCGGCGCGACAGAUCCCGACGGCCACCGACGUAGGCGCAGGGCCUGGGAUAGGGGACUUUCGAGUAAAGCAUUGCAAAUGUACGCACCGCAGGCCAAAGCUCUAGUCGACAAAUUCGUUUCCCAGAUUUCUCGGCAGAAAGGACCAAUAGACGCCAGAGACUGGUCCAUGUACCUAGCUUUCGACAUCAUAGGCGAAGUCGGGUUUGGAAAGACCUUUGGAUGUGUUGAAACUGGCCAAGAUCAUCCCGCAAUCAUGGCCAUCCAUGACCAUAUGGAAGUGGUAGGAGUCGCGGGUCACGUCCCUUGGCUGCUGAAUAUGUUCAGUCGCCUACCGAGCAAGGGUUACGCCCCCUUUUAUCAAUACAACUCUGCUCUUUUAGACUUAACGCACCAGAAUUACGCGAGAGACAAAGCUCCCCAGGUCAUUAUGGGUUGGCUGUACAAAGCCGUCGCCGAAAAGGAUAUAUCCGCCUCUCCUACGGCAAAGUCGCUAGAAGAAGACUGUCGCGCAUUGAUAAUAGCGGGGAGCGACACGAACGGCGCCACACUGGUGACUACCCUGUUCUACCUCAUCAAAAAUCCCCAUAUCAUGAAGAAGCUGCAAGCUCAGAUCGACGCCACUAUCCCUACCCCGGCAGACUGGAAACUUGAGAAGGUAAAGUCGAUCACGUACAUAAACAACAUCCUCGAUGAGGUCUUACGUCUGAGACCCGCUGUCAUGGUUGGCGGUUACCGGGUAACGCCGCCAGAGGGCAUCUACGUAGACGAGCAGUUCAUCCCUGGGAAGACUCACGUGUUCGUGCCGAUCCAGACGAUUCAGAGAGACCCGCGCUACUGGCCACAGGCGGAAGAGUUUAUCCCGGAGCGGUGGGGAGAACGAUACGAAGAGAUGGGGACCGCUGACGCGCCGUAUAUGCCGUUUAGCUUGGGCCCUUACAUGUGCGCCGGGAAACAUUUGGCCAUAAUGAGCCUAAGUAUCGCGGUUUGUGGCAUUGCACAAAACUUCGACCUUGCCUUCGCGCCUGGUGAGACGGGAGAGCCUUUCUACAACGGAGCGAAGGAUACCUUUACUACCACUUUGCCGCCGCUCAUGGUCCAAUUCACGCCGAGGAAGAAGUGA